CUCCGGUGACUGAUAAAUUCAUCGCUGGUGAAUUCGUUUUAAAAGCUCAAAGCUGUACUCCUAUGAGUGCGCGGACUGAACGACUAAGAAGGAGAGAGAGAAGAGAGAGAGAAGAGAGUCCUCGAUGGGUGAGAAAAGGAUUUAAAAGCCUCUCUACUCGCUAGUCUCUCUAAGUUCUCAGAAGAAGAAGGGGGCUUUAAAAUCCGUCGGUUACCGCUCAAAUUGGGUGCUCUCAGUGGUCGGCUUUUCUCCUUUUUUUUUUCAAAAUCUUUGGAAUUUAGUUUUCCCGGAGAAAAAAUUUCAUUAGGUUUAUACAGUAUCUCUCAACCUCCCUGAUUCAUGCCGAUUUCACAGAUUUCCCGGCCGUUUCUUAUCCUCCUGAAAUGAAAUGGGCAAUGCAGAAGAGCCCGAGUAGAGCAGAGGCAAUUCAAGCCCAUACCCAGGCCAAUCCCAAAAAUCCUUCUCCCUUUGGCCCUACUUGAUGGGUUUGCUUAUACUAAGUCAGUCUUCAUUAAUAUGAGGAGCAGAGGUGAAAAAAGCUAACUACUGAACCAGUAGCAAUAGCAGUAGCAGCACCGGCAGCAGCAGCAAGAGCAGACAGUAGUGGCGGUGAAUAAAAUGGAAUCCGGUAGCGGCGGUGGGUCUGGUGAGGACCAAGAUGUCUCUGAUCCUCACAGGAAGAAGAAGCGUUACCAUAGACACACAGCUCGUCAGAUUCAAGAACUUGAAUCGGUUUUCAAGGAGUGUCCGCACCCGGACGAGAAGCAACGGAGCCAGUUGAGCAGAGAUUUGGGGCUAGAGCCUCGCCAGAUCAAGUUUUGGUUUCAAAACCGAAGGACACAGAUGAAGGCACAACAUGAGCGUGCGGAUAAUUGUGCUCUAAGGGCAGAAAAUGAUAAGAUCCGAUGUGAAAACAUAGCAAUUAGAGAGGCGCUGAAGAAUGUAAUCUGCCCCAAUUGUGGGGGUCCUCCAGUUGGGGAGGAUUCAUAUUUCGAUGAACAGAGACUGCGAAUGGAGAAUUCCCGAUUGAAAGAAGAGGUUGAUAGGGUAUCAAGCAUAGCAUCAAAAUACAUUGGAAGGCCUAUUUCACAACUGCCACCCAUGCAACCAUUUCCAGCCUCCUCAUUGGAUUUAUCUGUUGGGAGUUUUGGAGGUCAGCCAAUUGGAGGACCAUCCCUUGAUCUCGACCUUCUUCCCGGAAGCUCAUCCUCUGUUCCCUCAUUGCCAUUCCAUACAAGCAUCUCAGAUAUGGAGAAGUCACUAAUGGCAGAGGUUGCAGCCAAUGCUUUCGAAGAAUUGAUGAGGCUUUUUCAGAUAAAUGAGCCCUUAUGGAUGAAGUCUCCAAUCGAUGGGAGAGAUGUGCUUAAUGUUGAAAACUAUGAGAGGAUGUUCCCAAAACCAAGCCACUUGAAAAAUCCUGAAAUUCGGAUUGAGUCUUCAAGAGAUACUGGUGUAGUGAUGAUGAAUGGAAUGGCAUUGUUUGAAAUGUUUAUGGACUCGAACAAAUGGGCUGAAGUAUUCCCUACAAUUGUCUCUAAAGCAAAGACAAUUGAGGUGCUGACAUCCGGAAUUGUGGGGAGCAGGAGCGGUUCUCUGCAACUGAUGUAUGCAGAAAUGCAAGUGCUCUCCCCAUUGGUUCCUACUCGAGAAUCCUACCUUCUGCGUUACUGUCAGCCAAUUGAACCAGGCUUGUGGGCUAUAGCGGACAUCUCCUUCGACUUAUCCCGAGAGAUCCAGUUUGGUUCACCUUCUCGUGCUCGGAAGCUUCCUUCUGGAUGUUUGAUUCAAGACUUGCCCAGUGGAUGCUCCAAGGUAUCUUGGGUGGAACAUGUGGAAGUGGAAGACAGGAACCCAAUUCAUCGGAUUUACAGAGAUCUUGUUCACGGUGGAAUGGCAUUUGGAGCUACAAGAUGGAUUAGCACUCUUCAAAGAAUGUGUGAGAGAUUCAAUUGUCUGAUGGUGACAAGUUCACCAAGUCGAGACUUUGGUGGAGUAAUUCCCUCACCAGAAGGUAGGAGAAGCUUGAUGAAGCUUGCCCAAAGAAUGGUCAACAACUUCUGCACAAGCAUAAGUGCAUCAAGUGGUCACAGAUGGACCACACUUUCUGGCUCGAAUGAUGUUGGGGUUAGAGUCACAGUUCACAAAAGCUCAGAUCCAGGGCAUCCCCAUGGUGUUGUACUCGGUGCAGCAACCUCUCUAUGGCUCCCAAUACCUCCGCAUACUGUCUUCAAUUUCUUCAAGGACGAAAAAACUCGAUCUCAGUGGGAUGUACUCUCCAGUGGCAACUCUGUACAAGAAAUUGCCCACAUUGCAAAUGGGUCACAUCCAGGCAAUUCUAUUUCAGUUUUUCGGGCUUACAAUGCUAGCCAGAAUAAUCCGUUGAUACUUCAAGAGAGCUUUACAGACCCAUCUGGAUCGCUUGUCGUCUAUGCCCCUGUUGAGCUCCCGGGAAUCAAUAUAGCAAUGAGUGGGGAAGACACCUCAUAUAUCCCCUUACUUCCAUCAGGAUUCUCCAUCUCUCCUGAUGGCCGGCCAGACCAAGUGGGAGGAGGAGCAGGGCCAUCAACAAGCUCAAAUAUACAAGGGAGCAGGUCAGGUGGUUCACUGAUAACAGUGGCAUUUCAAAUACUUGUGAGCAGCUUACCAUCUUCAAAGCUGAGCUUGGAGUCGGUGACAACCGUUAAUAACCUCAUCAGCACUACUGUCCACCAAAUAAAAGCUGCUUUGAAUUGCUCCAGUUCCAGUUCCUGAUAGAGCUUGCAAAGGCUGGCAUAUAUAGUUUUUGCUCCCUCAUCUCGUACCUCCUUAAAUAUACUGGUCAGAAGAACUCAGAGCUCUUGCUGGUUGCAUUCAAUGGUGGAGUGAGACAUAGGGUUGGUUGGUUGGUUGAUUGGUUGGUUGGUUGGUUGGUUUGGACUUGAAUGCCUUCAUCAAGAGCUGAAUCUGAAGAUACUACUUCUGCCGCUCUAUCCAAAGCUCUCAACAAAAAUUUCAUCAUUAUUAGAACAAAACCCACCCCUUCCAUUUUAUCCUUUGAUAGAAAGCUUCGUUAAAUAGAGGAAGUCAAGAACGCACCAUACUCUUCCUUCAUUGCUGUGUGGACUUUUUUCCUUCUCAUCCCCCAUUUAGCUUAGACUCCACCCCUCUCUCUCUCUCUCUCUCUCUCUCUCUCUCUCUCUCUCUCUCUAUCCUUUUGGCUUCAUCACUGGCCACACAACAAGGGUAAUGGUUCGGGUAUUGACUUCUGUUCAGGGACUUCAGUUUCAUAUAGAAUAUGUUGUCUCCUUACAGGAAAGUUUCCGUAAUUUAUCCUGUCUGUUUGCUUUUGUUUGGUUAUAAUAGAAAAAGAAGUUAUUUGACAUUUAAGUA